AUACCCUACCGGCACUUAUCGAUAAUCAUUUAUCGCUGUUCGACCGGCAAAUAAAAUUGUUUUUAGAGCAUAGCUUAUCCAAACAAAUCCGAUCCGAUCGAUAUGCAGGAGUUCUUCAGCGUGCUGCUGCCGGAUGUGAAGCGGGAACUGCGCCGCGGGAUCAUUGAAUGCUCCAAGCGAGGUCUCCUACACAGCACCAAGUGGCUAGCGGAGAUGCACCACGGCUUGGGCGAUGUGAACAUAGACAAUGAAGCGCCGGAUGAGGAUCGCACAUUCAGCCAAUGUCAGCUGGAAGGGAUUGCGCCGGCUGAAUACAGCGACUAUUUCUUGGCCAAGAGUUACUACGAUGUAAGGGAAUACGAUAGGGCGGCACAUGCUGUGAGGAAUUGCGAGUCCAGUGUUCCGCGCUUUUUAUACUUCUACUCCACAUAUAUGGCAAGGGAAAAGCGCCGACUGGACUCCAUCACCGAUCAGGCGAAUCUCCACGAGCCAAAUCAAAUGCGGGAUCUCGCUGAUCUUCUGGCCACGCUGCGCACGGAGUACGGGAAAAGUCGCCUAGAUGGCUAUGGCAUUUAUUUAUAUGGAGUCGUCUUGAAAGCCCUGAAUCUCAAUCAAGCUGCCGAGCAAAUGCUUAUCCAGGCUAUCAGACUGGUGCCCAUGCUGUGGAGUGCCUAUCUGGAACUAUCUCCCCUGGUCAUGGAAAAGAAAAAACUACUCAGUCUGCAGUUAGGCGGUCACUGGAUGCGACAUUUCUUCAUGGCACACACCUACCUAGAAUUGUACCUAAACGACGAUGGCCUGAAAAUUUACGAAGAUCUGCAGGCAUCGGGAUUCAGCAAAAGCAUAUACUUGAUUGCCCAGAUGGCUCUGGUCUAUCACAACAAGAGGGACGUGGACAAGGCGAUUGAACUGUAUCAAGCACUUCUCGAGAGCGAUCCCUACCGCUUGGAUAAUGUGGAUACGUACUCCAACCUGCUGUUCGUCAAGGAAAUGAAGACCGAGAUGGCCCAGUUGGCCCACAAGGCUGUGAGCAUCAACAAGUACCGUCCAGAGACGUGCUGUGUGAUAGGCAACUACUACAGCAUCCGCUGUGAUCACCAGGUGGCGAUAUCUUAUUUCCAACGAGCCCUGAAAUUGAAUCCCAAGUACCUGGCCGCCUGGACAUUGAUGGGUCACGAGUUCAUGGAACUGAAGAACACGAAUGCAGCCAUACAGAGCUACAGAAAGGCAGUGGAGGUCAACAAGCGGGACUAUCGCGCUUGGUAUGGGCUUGGUCAGGCCUACGAGAUCAUCAAGAUGCACUACUACAGCUUGUAUUACUUUAAAAUUGCCCACCAACUCCGUCCCUACGAUUCUCGCAUGUUGGUAGCUUUGGGCGAGACCUACGAAAAGCUGGACAAGUGCGAAAACGCUGUAAAAUGCUAUUGGAAGGCCAUCGACGUGGGUGAUAUAGAGGGUAUAGCUAUGUACAAACUGGCCAAUUUGCACGAGAAACUGGGUGAUCACGAAACGGCGGUUCAUUGUUACAUCAUGUAUUGCGAAGACGAGCGGGCGGCCACCGAUAAACAAAGUCUCUACCAGGGCUUUAUCACGCUGGCAAAUUAUUACGAAAAGAAGGGAGAAUACGAAAGGGCAGCCUAUUACGCUUACAAGUGCCUGGACUCCGAUGAUAGAAAAACAGAGGCCAAGGCUUUGCUGAAGACAAUCGAUUGGAAACGGAAUGCUGAAGGUCAAAAGAAAGCAAAAACAUCCACGGCUGUGGCGAACGCAGAGACCAGUUCCGAGGAUGAGAUGGAGUGGGAGCUACAAGAUGCUCGUGUCCGAGUGCCUUUUACUUCGAUAGCAACUACUACAACCUCCACGGCUGCAGCUUCUACAGCUGGAAGCUCGAGUAGCUCAACGAUAAGUUUACGCCCGGGCCGAAACUUGCUUGAGGGAAUGCGUCGAUCGCAGGCGAACAGGCCAAGCUUAGCGCCGGGUGCUAGCGGUACCACGACCACUUCGGCGACUGCAGUCACAACCGCUACUGAAGAAACCCCUGGUACAUCUGGCAGCACAGCAAAUCCAACUGAGAAUCCGGCCUCGGAUGAUAACAGCUCCAUGGAAAUAUCCAACGUGUCUAUCGAUUAGUGGUACCAUCGCACCAAUUGUAUAAAUUUUGUAUUUGUUUUUAUGAAUUCUAUUGGAAAUCCAAGUAAAUAUAUAAACUAGUCGUAUUAAAUUGAGCUUAGGCCUACUGCUAGAAUUAAAUUCAAUAAUUCUAUGUGGGUUGCAAUCAAUUAAACUCAAGAAAUAAUAAAUGAAUGAGAA